UUACUUAAUUAGAACAUGUUCCGUGAACGUAAGACAUCUCAAAAAAUGACGCCAUUGUACCUUGUGUCCGCCCUCCUCUUGGUGGGAGCCCCAUGCCUGGUUCUUGGAGCCAAGAACUAUGGGCAAGCUCUGGGACUGUCCAUCAAGUUCUACGAGGCCCAGAGGUCCGGCCCCAUCAACGACAACAUUGUCCCAUGGCGCGGCAACUCGGCCAUGAGCGACUGCACUGUGGGAGGCUGGUAUGAUGCCGGAGACCACGUCAAGUUCGGACUCCCCAUGGCUGCUACUACCCACAUCCUUUUGUGGUCCCUGUACCGCUUCAAGGACGGCUACGUCAGAGCAAACCAGCUGAACCAGAUGUACCAUAUGAUUAAAACUCCGCUCAACUAUUUCAUGUCAGCCUGGGACGAACAGCACCAUAGACUGACUGCCCAGGUCGGAGAUGGUGGCACUGACCACAACUACUGGGGACGUCCGGAGGACAUGAAGAUGUCCAGGCCCUGCAAGUACGUGGACAGCAACCACGUGGGAAGUGACGUGGCUGGAGAGACGGCAGCAUCGCUGGCCCUGGGGUACCUCACCUUCAAAGACAAAGACCACACAUACGCCACCAGACUUUUGGCUAAGGCGAAGACUCUGUACACCUUUGCCAAAGCUCACCCCGGAGUGUUCACCGGCUCCGCAGGAUUCUACCAGUCCGGUAACUGGAAGGAUGAGAUGUGCCUGGCCGCAGUGUGGCUGAAGCGGGCCACUGGAAGCAACUCCUACCUGAACGACGCCAAGAACUACGUGGAAACCAACUGGGCGUGGGCUGAGGGUUGGGACGACAAGAUGUUGGCAUGUCAGCUCCUGAUGUACGAAGAGACGAAAGAAUCCAAGUACAAAGACGCCGUUGUCGGGUUCUUCCGUGGCUGGCUCCCCGGCUCCGGUUCCCAGUUGAAGUACACGCCCUGUGGCCUGGCCUGGAGAGACAUGUGGGGCGCCAACAGAUACGCGGCCGAUGCCGCUUUCAUCGCCCUGGUGGCUGCUGAGGACGGAAUCAACUCGGCCACUUACAGAAAGUGGGCCGCGGAACAGAUCAACUACAUUCUGGGUGACAACCACCACGACAGCAAAGGAUGCUUCAGCUUCGAGAUCGGCUACGGAUCCAGUUUCCCACGCAAACCCCAUCACAGAGGCUCUUCCUGUGUUGCCAACAAGCCAUGCAGCAUUGGUGACGCAGGCAAUAACCCUCACGUCUUGCUGGGCGCUGUCGUAGGAGGACCCAAUGCCGACGACUCCUACACAGAUACCCGCGGCGACUACGUUCACAACGAGGUGGCUACAGACUACAACUGUGGCUUCCAGGGAUCUCUCGCUGGUAUCCUGCACUUGCAACAACAUCACACAAUGCCAUCUACAAACAACAAGUGUCCUUGCCGCCAUUAACACGGACCUACGUCACAACUGCACUGACCAAGACCUACGUCAAAACUUCCAUGACCAGGACCUACGUCACAACUUCCCUUACCCGGACCUACUUCACAUCGUAGACGACAGCCCCGUUACUUUAAAUGAAAAAUCAUUCUGAAGUAUAGGGGUUGAAUAAUAAAAUUUAUCAUUGAAUUUCGUCAGUGAAUGUAACCCCCUCCCCUCCUCCCCCUCCCGCCCCUAUCGUUAUUAAAAGUAUUAAAGAUAUUCUACCAACACAUUGCAA